UUGUAGGAGUCCACCAGCCAGCCACUGUCCUGUUCUUCACCGUCAAUAUCCCGAGGAUCCUGAGGAUCGCCCAGUUCCAUAGAGAAGCAUCCCAACAUGUGGCGGGCUCAGCGAAGUCUCUGGAUCUUGGGGAUCUUCUUAAUCGUUGUUCCUUCCAUCAGAGCUGUCUACGAGGAUUAUCGUUUGCCCAGAUCCGUGGAGCCUCUGCACUACAACUUGCGAAUUCUCACACACCUAAAUAGCACCGAUCAAAGAUUCGAGGGAUCUGCGAAAAUAGAUCUUCUGGCACGGGAGACCACCAAGAACAUCACCUUGCAUGCGGCGUACUUAAAGAUAGAUGAGAACCGAACAUCACUUGUUUCUGGCCAGGAAAAGUUUGGAGUCAUUCGCAUCGAAGUGAAUGAGGUGCACAACUUCUACAUUCUGCACUUGGGUCGGGAACUGAAAAAGGAUCAGAUCUACCAUCUGGAAAUGCACUUCGAAGCCGGCCUAAAUGAUUCCCAAAGUGGCUACUACAAAAGUAACUACACGGAUAUAGUUACUAAGGAAGUUCAUCACCUGGCGGUCACUCAGUUCUCACCCACUUUUGCCAGGCAGGCAUUUCCCUGCUUCGAUGAACCGUCCUGGAAGGCAACCUUCAACAUAACCCUUGGCUAUCAUAAGAAAUACAUGGGAUUGAGUGGCAUGCCUGUUCUCAGGUGUCAGGAUCAUGAUAGUCUUACAAAUUACGUAUGGUGCGAUCACGACACUCUUCUAAGGACCUCGACCUAUUUGGUGGCCUUUGCCGUCCAUGAUCUGGAAAAUGCCGCCACCGAGGAGAGUGAGACCAGCAAUAGAGUGAUCUUUCGCAACUGGAUGCAGCCGAAGUUGUUGGGUCAGGAAAUGAUAUCCAUGGAAAUUGCACCAAAGCUGCUCUCCUUCUACGAGAAUUUAUUCCAAAUUAACUUUCCGCUGGAGAAAGUCGACCAACUGACGGUGCCCACUCACAGAUUUACGGCCAUGGAGAACUGGGGUCUGGUCACCUACAACGAGGAGAGAUUGCCACAAAAUCAAGGCGAUUAUCCGCAAAAGCAGAAAGAUAGUACUGCCAUCACGGUGGCCCACGAAUAUGCACAUCAGUGGUUCGGAAAUUUGGUCACCAUGAAGUGGUGGAAUGAUCUCUGGUUGAAGGAAGGUCCUUCUACCUACUUUGGCUACCUGGCCCUCGAUGCCUUGGAGCCCGAAUUGAGAAGAGGAGAGGGCUUUAUAUCAAGGGAUUUGGCGAACUUCUUUAGCAAGGAUUCGAAUGCAACUGUGCCGGCCAUUUCCAAGGAAGUCAAGGAUCCCGCCGAGGUGCUCGGACAGUUUACGGAGUAUGUGUACGAGAAGGGAUCACUGACCAUCCGCAUGCUGCACAAGCUGGUAGGAGAGGAAGCCUUCUUCCAAGGAAUUCGAUCUUUUUUGGGACGCUUUUCUUUUGGUAAUGUGGCCCAAGCUGACCUUUGGAAUUCCCUGCAAAGGGCUGCUUUGAAAAACCAGGUUAUUACGUCCGACUUCAACCUAAGUAGGGCCAUGGAUUCUUGGACCCUACAGGGUGGUUAUCCCUUGGUAACCCUUAUACGGAACUACAAAACAGGCGAGGUAGCCCUCAAUCAGAGCAGAUUCUUCCAGGAGCAUGGAAUUGAAAAGGACUCAUCCUGCUGGUGGGUUCCUUUGAGGUUCGUUGGGCAAAAUCUACCGGACUUUAAUCAAACUACCCCACAGUUUUGGUUGGAGUGUCCUUUAAACACUAAAGUACUGCAGUUGCCCGAUCUUCCAUCCACUGACCAGUGGGUCAUACUGAAUCCCCAAGUAGCCACCAUCUUUAGAGUUAACUAUGAUGAGUAUAACUGGCGCUUGAUAAUCGAGAGUCUGAGGAAUGAUCCCAAUUCUGGUGGCAUCCACAAACUGAACAAAGCUCAGUUGCUGGAUGAUCUCAUGGCUUUGGCUGCAGUCCGGUUACACAAAUAUGACAAAGCAUUCGAUUUGCUGGAAUAUCUGAAGAAAGAGCAGGACUUUUUGCCGUGGCAGAGGGCCAUUGGUAUCCUCAAUCGACUGGGAGCCCUACUGAAUGUUGCGGAGGCAAACAAAUUUAAGAAAUACAUGCAGAAGCUGCUGUUGCCAUUGUAUAACCGCUUUCCAAAGCUAUCAGGAAUAAGAGAAGCUAAGCCCGCCAUCAAGGACAUUCCAUUUGCACACUUUGCAUACUCACAGGCCUGUCGUUACCACGUGGCUGAUUGCACCAAUCAGGCCAAGAUUCUGGCUAUAACCCACAGAACUGGAUGUCAGCUGGAGCUGCCCUCCGAUUUCCAAAAGGUGGCUUACUGCUCGCUACUGGAUGAUGGCGGUGAUGCAGAGUUCCAGGAAGUAUUCGGACUGUUCCAGAACUCCACCAAUGGAUCGCAGAGAAGGAUAUUGGCAUCUGCCCUCGGUUGCGUUCGCAACUUUGGAAACUUCGAACAGUUUCUGAACUACACACUUAAAUCCGACGAGAAACUGCUCGGUGAUUGCUAUAUGUUAGCAGUGAAAUCCGCCCUAAAUGGGAAACAUUUGGUUUCUCCCACAGGAAACUAUAUUAUCAGCCAUGCCAAGAAACUUGGUGAAAAAUUCAAGAAGAAAGAGCUCACGGGACUUUUGCUCAGUUUGGGUCAAAGUCUUCGGAGCUCAGAGGAAAUUGAUCGACUUAAGGCGCAGUUGGAAGACCUAAAGGAGUUUGAAGAACCUCUGAAGAAAGCCAUCUAUCAGGGCAAAAUGAACCAGAAAUGGCAGAAAGAUUGCUCCGGCGAUUUUAUCGAGGCCAUAGAGAAACACUUAUAGCAUACUCAUUCAAAUAAUAUAUAACAGAUUUAAGUUGAUUAAAGUUUAUAAACU